CAAUUGUCAAGCGUUUAGUCCGUGCGACUUUUGACGCUGCUAAACAAGCUAAGGAGGGCAAAGGCUGGGUGUUUUUCCUUUUCCAGCUCUCCAGCCCAAUUCUUUGACCAUAACAGUUGCUUAAUUAAUUCUCUUUGAUUUUGAAUCUUAGGCGCUCCCUUAGCUCUUUUCUCUUCUCGCGGGGUAAUCCGCUAAAUGCUUCUCCACCCCUCAUCCCCUUCUCCGCCUAACUCCUCCCCUUUUCUCCCCUACCGCGAGAAACUGCGGUGCCUAAGAAUAUGAGCUCCAGAGGAAAGGGAAAUUUGGCCUUCGGGACUUACCGUAGACCGCGAAUGACGAAAAGAAAGAUGGCGCCUCCCACCGACCACUCACGUGCUUUUUCCGGGUCUGAGCUGACUACCACCAGUUGCCGGAAGUGAAGCUUUGGACCGCACUUGAUGAAGAGUUCAUUUGGGUCUGAGAGCGAGUGGAACCGAUCUUACCGGCCGUCGCCAUGUCUGGAAGGAACAACAACAAGCUGCCCAGCAAUCUGCCUCAGUUGCAGAACCUGAUCAAGCGGGACCCCACAGCCUAUAUAGAGGAGUUUAUGCAGCAGUAUAAUCACUACAAGUCCCAUGUGGAAAUUUUCAAAUUACAACCAAAUAAACCCAGCAAAGAACUGGCUGAAUUGGUGAUGUUCUUAGCUCAGGUGGGUCACUGUUAUCCAGAACACCUGGUUGACUUCCCCCAGCAGCUGAAGGAACUUCUUUCUUACAACCACACAGUUUUGGAUGCAGGUCUUCGAAUGACAUUUUGCAAAGCUUUGAUGUUGCUGAGAAAUAGGAAUCUCAUCAAUCCAACCAGUUUAUUAGAACUCUUCUUUGAACUUCUGCGUUGCCAUGAUAAGCUUCUGCGAAAGACUUUGUAUACUCAUAUUGUGACCGAUAUCAAGAACAUUAAUGCCAAACACAAGAACAACAAAGUGAACGUCGUGCUACAGAACUUCAUGUACACUAUGUUAAGAGACAGCAAUGCUACGGCUGCCAAGAUCUCUCUGGAUGUGAUGAUUGAGCUGUACAGGAGGAACAUCUGGAAUGAUACCAAAACUGUCAAUGUGAUCACAACUGCAUGCUUUUCUAAAGUCACCAAGAUACUAGUUGCUGGUUUAAAAUUCUUUCUUGGUAAAGAUGAAGAUGAGAAGCAAGACAGCGACUCAGAAUCUGAGGACGAUGGGCCCACAGCAAGAGAUUUGCUUGUUAAAUAUGGCACAGGAAAGAAAACGUCCAAGCACAAAAAGAAAUUGGAAAAGGCCAUGAAAGUCUUGAGAAAACAAAAAAAGAAGAAGAAGCCUGAGGUGUUUAAUUUCUCAGCCAUUCAUUUGAUUCACGAUCCCCAAGAUUUUGCCGAGAAGCUUCUGAAGCAGCUGGAGAAUUCUAAAGAGAGAUUUGAAGUCAAGAUGAUGCUCAUGGACCUCAUCUCCAGAUUAGUGGGAAUUCAUGAGCUCUUUCUUUUUAAUUUCUAUCCCUUUAUACAACGGUUCCUCCAACCCCAUCAGAGAGAGGUGACAAAGAUUCUUCUCUUUGCUGCCCAAGCAGCCCAUCAUCUUGUACCCCCUGAGAUCAUCGAGUCCUUGCUAAUGACUGUGGCCAACAACUUUGUCACCGACAAGAACUCGGGGGAGGUUAUGACAGUUGGGAUUAAUGCUAUAAAAGAGAUAACAGCUCGAUGCCCUCUGGCUAUGACUGAAGACCUUCUCCAAGAUCUAGCUCAAUACAAAUCUCAUAAAGACAAGAAUGUGAUGAUGUCUGCUAGAACCUUGAUUCAGCUCUUCCGAACUCUAAAUCCACAAAUGUUGCAGAAAAAAUUCAGAGGCAAACCCACAGAGGCUUCGGUGGAAGCAAGGAUUCAAGAAUAUGGUGAAUUAGAUGCUAAAGAUUACAUUCCAGGGGCUGAAGUUCUUGAUGUUGAGAAAAAGGAAGAGGAUGAAGAGGAUGAUGAUGACGGCUGGGAGAGCGCCAGCCUCAGUGAGGAGGACGAGGACGGCGAAUGGAUCCAGGUGCACCAUUCCUCGGAUGAAGAGCAGCAGGAAAUAGCGGAGAAGCUGAAGAGCGUGCCGGUGGAGGAGCGAAAGGCUAAGGCGGCCGCAGUCAGCACCAGCCGGGUUCUGACCCAGGAAGACUUCCAGAAAAUCCGCCUUGCCCAGCUGAGGAAAGAGAUGGAUGCUGCCCCAGGGAAGUCCCAGAAGAGGAAGAACUUUGACAUCGACAGCGAGGAGGAGGAGAGGGGGGAGUUGCUUUCCCUGAGGGACAUCGAACAUCUCCACAAAAAACCCAAGUCUGACAAAGAGACGAGACUGGCGACUGCAAUGGCUGGGAAGACAGACAGAAAAGAAUUUAUGAAGAAGAAGACCAAACUGAACCCAUAUGCUAGUUCUACAAAUAAAGAAAAGAAAAAACUGAAGAAUUUCAUGAUGAUGAGGUACAGCCAUAACGUCCGAUCCAAAACGAAGCGCUCCUUCAGAGACAAGCAGUUGGCUCUCCGAGAUGCACUUUUGAAAAAGAAGAAAAAACUAAUGAAAUAACCAUCACCAUGGGUGACAAGUGCCAUCUUUGCAGUAUUGCUUUGGACUAGCAAGGGAUUCUUGUUGAGAUUAGCAGGAACGGGAGCUCAGUUUGUUGGAAGGUGUAGACUCACAGAGCCUCCAAGCUGGGAGAGACCUCGGGAGCCACCUAUCCAACCUCGAUCCUACCCAGAAGGAGUCCCUACCCUAACAGUCAUCCUGAGAACUGGUCACAGGCUUAGUGAACAUCAAAGACAGGAUGCCCUCAUUGAUUGUACAAAAUGUUUCAUUAGUUAAAAGUAUUUUUAUUUUGGAGAUAGAAAAUUGCUGAUAUGUAUAAAAAUUAUAGAAUAGAAAUAAAUUAUUUGUCCAGUGGACAUCUAUUUUAUUGGCCAGCCCAGAACUGUAUGGCAUAGAUGACAAUGCAGAUGCAAGCCCUAAUUUAAUAAACCACAUUGUGUUAGCCCAAUGAAUGACUGACCUACAAAAAUUUGUUCAAACUACUAUAAUUCAUGUCAAAGGGUUGAAUAUUUUUUUAAUGUGUGUGAAAAAAAUUAUUGGUGAACAUCUUGCAUAAAAAAAUAAAUUGAAUUGUAUAUAACA